GAGCUGCCGAUCAACUGUACGCGGGCGUGGAAGCCGGUUUGCGCGUUCGCGUUGGAGGGGCGGCGGCCUGCGCACUCGACGCUUGCACGCGUACGCCAUGUCUAUUUACAAUGGUCCGCCUUCGUCGAUUUGUUGUCGUUUGGAUCGUUCUACUAACCGGCUUCCUUAUCGUGCUGUAUCUCGUAAGAGUUGGACCGGAUCGUCUUUUGGUGGACACGAGGAACUGGUGGGCGGGCGAUCUUGUGGACUUCACUUACGCCAACAACGUGACGGGCUUCAGUCACUUCGUGGUGCCCAACGUGGUGCAUUUCGUGCGACUGGGCAACGCGUCGCUGUCGUUCGUCAAUGCAGUCUGCAUCCGCGCUGCUUGGAUUCACCAGCGACCCGAAUCCCUCAUGAUCCACUGCGACGAGUGCGACGCCGCCAGGAAGGGCCCACACUGGCCGUUGGUCAGCGACAUUCCGGGUCUGUCACUCAAACUGCUUCGGCGGCCCCGCUACAUCUUCGGCAAGACUCUGAGCUCAGUCUACCACGCGUCGGACAUUGCGCGACUCCGGGUACUUCGCCAGUACGGCGGCAUCUUUCUGGACGGUGAUUCGUAUCUCGUCAAAUCUCUAGACUCGUUUCGUCACUACGAGAUGACACUGGGUUGGUAUCCGGGGCAGUCAUUGGGUACCCAAGUGCUCGUUGCCCACAGGAACGCGCGGUUCCUCAAGUUCUGGCAGGAUUCGUACCGGUACUAUCGACCGGAUCGCUGGUACUGGAACGCUGGUCAGCUGCCGACCGAGAUGAUCCUGGUACCUAGACCUUACCUGGUACAUCGCGUCCCUUUCGACUUUGGUGUCCACAAUCUGGCGCAUCUGCUCUACGCUGUGUGCACGGGUCAGUGGCGAGGCUAUUACGCUAUUCACCUCCUGUUCCGCCAUCGGGAGUACCUGGUGCCGUCGGACAGGUUCGGCAAACUAGACGUGCAUACUGUGGCACACUACAACCGGACUUUCGGUCAGAUGGCGCGGUUGGUGCUCUUCGGUACCACCAAACUCGGUGCGUCCGAGCUGAAAGAUGUGCGGUGGUUUCUCGACCACGAACCGAAGUACCCUCGCUGUACUUGAGAAAAUCUGCUUCUUGUCUUUCGUUCAUCAGAUGAACCUUGCGCCCACAGUUGAAAAUCGUCUAGUAUCUACGAGCAUCUGGCUGCGUCUGGUUGUUCGUUACGAUAUCGCGCUACGUGCCCUCGAAAUCUGCCUUCUACGUGCGCCACUGUCAAAUAUAAUUUGGCACGACGUUGUUAUUGUGGAUAUUGGCAUCAUGGUUUCUCGUUGAUGGAAUAUUGUUCAGCGGGAAUCGCUCACGCUGAGAAAUUAUGAGAUUUUCUUUAGUGGGCAUAAAUAUCUAGUUAUGUACUCUAAGGAUACGUGCUUGGAACUUUGCAAGGUCCAGUCAACUCUCAAGGAAAAACUUCUGUGCUUUGGUCUUCUUGUUAGUAAGGACUGGGAUUUUAAACCAUAUUCCCUAUUUAUACUUUUUUUUUUUUGUUAGGCGCUUUAGCCAGAUGAAUUAAGGACACUGGGAGUUAAUUGCUACACCUAAGUUUUCGCAGAAGGCACUAAGCAAAUAUAUAUUUUUAUGUGUGAUCGACUCGGAUGAAAUAAAUAUAAUUGUUUCAGUAC